GAGGUAGUAGUAUAGCCUAUAUGCGAGUAACACUCCAAAAAACCUCACGGUGCCGGUGCCCAACUCAUAAGCAAAUUGAAUUCCUUUAGAACCUCUGGAAUCUGGAACCUCUCAUAUGUCAUACGCAAAGCUCGAAUUGCAGAAGCUCGUUCCAGAAUCUUAUGGCUCGUGAUGUUGGGGUUUGUGACAAGUGCCUACGGAAUUGUUUGUUGAACCAUAAACGAAAGCAUGAUCUUGCUCCGGUGGUUCCCUCUUUUUUCAAAGUCAUGUUAAACGAAUCUUGUUCAGAAGUCCUGAUUUUGCCUCCUAAAUUUAGCAGAAUGUUUAAAUCAUUGGUAGGAAAGACAACCUAUCUCAAGGAUUCAACAGGCCAGACAUGGGAAGUGGUUUUGUCUGUUGUAGAAGACUCUCUUGGAUUCCAAAAGGGAUGGCGUAAAUUUUACCUGGCUCACGGCAUUGAGCAAGGUGAUUUUGUGGUAUUUCAUUACAUCGCCGGAUCACAUUUCACUGUUGAAAUCUAUGACAGAAGUGCAUAUGAAAAAAACUUUCCUGGUGAAGAAAGCUAUCAGAAUAAGAGACCUAAAACUACUAGAGAAUCUGAUCCUGAUUUAUAUCAUGAACGACAACCACCACAAGAAUAUGAUCUUUCCGAUGUCUGUGAUGUUCCUAGAUCACACAAUGGCAUCAGUCCGAGGCAGGAUGACUUGAAUUAUGCAAGUAAGUCACUUAAGGUGGUAGGAAAUGUUCGAGGCCGGGAAAACAUCAACAAGAUCCCCCAGGUUGUUCCAGAGGCAGAUCUUUUACUGGAGCCAUGCUUCAUUACUGGCAGAGAAACAGGUUUCGCCAGAGAAGACAAUAGAGAACAUCUUUUGGACCUGUCUGCCUUUGAGUUGCCUGAUUUUUCCACUGAAUUUGAUAGAGACCAUCUAUCUGAUCUGUCCACCUCCAAGAUGACCAUCAAGAAAGUAGAUGCCACAGAAGACAAUAGAGAACAUGACCAUCUAUCUGAUUUGUCCAUCUUCAAAAUGACCGACAAAAAAGUAGAUGCUGAUCAUAUGGGUAAACUCCAAGUUCAAGGGAAAAAAUGUUCUCAAGUGUCUGGUGCAUUGCACAAAGCUCAAAAUACAGAUGCUUCAAUUGAUAUAAAGAAGCGCCCAAUUAUUCAAGGAAAUGGCACUGUACUUUCAACCACUUCACAAAAAAAUGAAGUAAACUCAAGAUCUGAAUGUAAGCCAGUUCCCAGAAGUUCUCCAAGGUUUGACAUGUCCUUGAACGCAAUUGGGCCUCUGAAAACUAUCAGGAAAUCAGACACUUUGGAGUUUUCAGCUGCAUCAGGUUAUAGUCAGCCUCCAGGGGGAAAAAUGAGAAUAGUCAAGCAAGAACCAAAAGAGUUUAAUAAGGAGGCCGAGAGGAACUACAGAGAUCUUGGUGUGAACUUAAAUCCUAUGGAAAAUAAUGUUAACAUCAUCAAUAUCGUGAAGUCAGAGCCUGUUGAUUCGUGGGAAUCUGCAUCUGCACGGAUUACAUGCUUGGUACCACCAGACAAUGAAUCUUUCCUUGAGUUGCCUGAACCUUUACCCAUAAAGGGGCGUAGGAGCUCAAACAAGAAACUAAUCUAUCUUCGAAAUCCAUCUGGAAAAGAUUGGCCGGUUCUUUGCCAUAUAAGGUACGGCCUCCAGAUUUUGUCAAGUGGGUGGAACGCAUUCACAAAGGCCAACAACAUUCGUCCUGGAGAUGUGUGUGCAUUUGUGGUUGAUAACAUAGACAAAGGAAUCUUCCGUGUUGAAGUUCUCAAAGCGUAAGACCCUCUUCAUUGUGCAUGAAACAUCUCAGGAACUGAUUCAGAUUACCAGGUACUUUAAUUUGCUGUUGUAUAUGUAUUAAGAUACCCGCUUUUGUCGAGGGAUGCUGCUGCUAAUUGCUAAAUGCUAGUACAUCGUUGUAGUUGGAACUUGGGUGUCUACUUUUGUGAAUGAAUUGGUAUAAAUACUUUCAUUGUGUAUUGCUUUUUAAAA